GUUUUUUCUUUUCUUCCAUUUUCAUGCUCAUUUAAGUAACCAUUCAUUAUGCUCUGUGGUUUGCCCUUUAAUUUGAGUUUUUCUCUCUCAAAAGCCAUCAAUCGCCAUUGAUCGGUAUAUGGCCUACACACCACCCACCGACGAUAUCUGCGCAGUGUGCCAUGACAAUUUCAGGCUUCCAUGCCAGGCUAACUGCUCCCACUGGUUCUGUGGAGACUGUAUUCUUCGAGUAUGGCGUCAUACCUCUGCACUCCAGCCAUGCAAGUGUCCUAUAUGUCGUCGAGUUGUGACUUUGUUGAUACCUUCUGAGUCCACAACUCGUCAACGCCACGAACCUCAAGUAAGUCAGGUUCUAGAAGAUGUUCAAAGAUAUAACCGUUUAUUUGGUGGAGACUCUGUUAGUCUCCUUCAGCGGAUACGAGAUAUGCCUCUUUUAAUAAGAAGACUGUUGAGGGAGUUGAUGGAUCCCCAAAGAUCACUUCCUCUUGUUUUUCGGGCACGCAUAUUUAUCUCAAUGUUUGUAAGUGUCCUUUACGUUCUCAGCCCCAUAGACAUUCUUCCAGAAGCCAUCCUGGGCGUUAUAGGGCUGUUAGAUGAUGCCCUUAUAGUAUUAGUUGUCCUCCUCCAUUUGGCCGCUAUGUACCGCUCGGCACUCCUUUACCGUCAUGGAGGGUCUUAUUAAGGACCACAUCUUAUUGCAACGGAUUUGUAAUUUCAAAUUGAGCUCACUAAGAAGAUUGCGAUACUGUUAACAAGUUCAAAGCAUACAGCAAUAGACUUUCCAUGCCCUUUUAAUUUUGAGCAAGGAUUAAUAAUAUCUAGGACUCCAUUUUCAGGUAAUGAAAAGUUGAUCAAACUGCUGAUAAGAAAAGAAAUGAAAUACAGUUUCGAUAUUUGUACAACGUACAAAGCUGUAAAUGCCUUUCUACAUUUGUGCUACAUAAAAGAUAACUUCUAAAUUCAGUAUGCUAUCCAUUCUUGUACUCCGGAAUGUAUGCUCAGUUGAUGCGGCUUACAUUAAUACAAGUCAUUUCAUUCAACAAAGCAUAUACAACUCAAUAAUGCUUAUUUGUUCAUCGAAGCUUGGGGAUUAUCGGCUUGCUGUUU